AUUCCGGCCGGCCGAGCGCUUACAAGCCGCCGACAAUGGUCUGGAAUAUCACGGACGGCGGGCACGUGGAACUCAAGAUGAUGCGGCCCAAUGACGGGGAGGGUUGAUGUCGGGGGGUGUUCGGGCGGCUGAUGAUGCGGCUCCUCUCUGCCGCAGGUGGCCCAAAGUGGUCCCUGAACAAUUUCCUGGGAGACCCGAUAAUGCGGCCCUGCAACGUCAGAUUUGAUGCUAAUGCAGGGGCCGACGCUCGGAUCGCUCAUCGAGCCGUUUUCAAUGAUCUGAAACACGCCUUUCGGCACUCGGGAUUCCCUCCCAGAACCCCACACCCAACUCCGCUUGUUCAAUCCGCGCAUUUGGACCAAGACAACCGCUGCACAACAUCGGACGAACCGGUCCUCAACCCAGCGCUAACAAACUCUCUGGGGCAGAGAAGUUGCGGCUUGCCAUGUGCCGUCAUCCCACCCUGCCCACUUCGGACGACACUACUGCCACACCACGUCCUGAGAAAUGGGGAAGGACGGGUAACCCGGUCGUUAGUUAACGUUGGCCCCCGGGUCUGGCCCUUCCUGCUCGUAUUCGUGAUGCGGUUGCUCCAGGGGCUUGGUUUGCAUGCCGCCGUUCCGUUCCGACUUCAUCAUUUCCCGCCCCGACAACCAUCUCGCCGUUUGUGCCAAACGCUCAACUCACCACCAGCUCUCUCUCACUGGCGCGCAUUUCAUUCUUCACUUCUUGUUUUUUGGGCUUCUUUCACUUUUUCUUCGUGUAUUUACCUUUCCCCAUCCUUAUAGUUUCGUCUUCUUUUCUCCCCCUGUUUUGUUACUUCUAACUUUGUAUUACUAAUCUCUUCGUUAUAUUCUCUCGAGAUAUGUCAGAGCACUGCUCGUCAAUUACACCUAGUAUCCACCCGUUUUACAACCACGUUUUCGUGCGUCUUGUUCUAUUCUUUGCUUUUUCUUCUAU